UAAAAUAGUUUUAAAUAGAAACUAGGUUAAACGCAAGUACCGGCAUCUCCACGUCAAUAUUUGUUUAGUUUUUUUUAAAGUAGUAAUUCAAUAUCUCUUUGUUGUUUAUAUAAUGGGUGUUGGCAGUUUAAUUUGCUAUGUUGUACCUGCAAUAGUUUUGGGGGCAAUGCUAUAUUAUUCCUGGUCAAUAACCUUGGAAAAUGCUGAUUUAAAGUAUAAAAUUAACGAAUCUAAUUUAGCAAAAAACUAUGAACCAUUAUCAACUGAAGAAAUUAAUAAAAAAAUUGAAAAGGAGAUAAAAGCUAAAGAUCAGUUCUUAAAAGAAUUUGAUUUGAUGUUUCUUGCACUGAACUUUCAAUUAGAGUUUUUAGAACUUCGCAAAACUUAUCAAUUUGUUCUCAAAAAUGUGGAGAAUGUUGGAAAAAAAUAUCAAUCGGAACUUGGAAAUUGCAACAAAGAAAAAGAAGAGCUGAAAAAAAAUGUUGAUAAAAUAACAGCAGAUUUUAAAGCUUCUGAAGAGAAAAACGAUGAACUACAGAAAAAGUUAGACGAAAGCAACAAAAGUUUAGAAGAAAACAAAAAAAAUUUAGAAGUUAGCAAUCAGUUUUCAGCUUCGUUAAAAGUGAAAGUAGAAGAACUUGAAAAGAAGAUUGCGACGUCAACUCCAACUGUAGAAACAAAAGCAACAUAAUAUUUCAUACAUAAAUUGUUAACUAAAGUAGUUUUACCAUUUUAUGGAGUUCUCUCGAGGUCCGUUUGUUUUUUUAUGCUUUUAUAUUUAUAAAAUUAUGUAAUUUUUUUUUAACCUCAUUUGAUUUUUAAGUUUAUUUAAGAAAUGUUUGCAAUAAAAUAUUUGUCAAGGUUUUUCUUGUU